AUGCCUUCCGAUUCCUUUGAUACUGAUUACCCGCAGCGCGAGAGGUCUCGCUCUCCUCGCAGACGUUCCCGCAGCCCUCGACGCAGCCGUCGGUCGUAUUCGCCGCGCAGCCGCUCGCGCAGUCGUGACGACUAUCGCCGCAGUGAUCGCCGUUCUCGGUCUCCUAUGAGUGCGACUCAAGCUGGAGAGGUCAUCUUCGCCGACGUUUUACUACUUCCCAAUGGAAUGUCGAAGGUGGGCGCCAAUGUGAUUGUGGAAUACGCUACAAGGGAGCAAGCGCAGAAUGCCGUCAACACGCUUAGCAACCAGAGCCUCAUGGGCCGUCUCGUCUACGUUCGCGAGGACCGCGAACCCGAGCCGCGCUUUACUGGCGGCCCUUCCCGAGGUGACUUUGGGGGUGCUGGUGGCAGAGGUGGUUUCGGCGGAGGCUAUGGCGGUGGUGCCCCUGUUGGUGGUGCUGGUGGAGGCGGAAGACAGCUCUUUGUCUCUAACCUCCCCUUCAACGUUGGCUGGCAAGACCUGAAGGAUCUGUUCCGCCAAGCUGCUCAGCAAGGUGCCGUGAUUCGCGCCGACGUCCACACGGAUGCCACUGGCCGCCCCAAGGGUUCUGGCAUUGUCGCGUUCGAGUCCCCCGACGACGCGCGCACCGCUAUUCAACAGUUCAACGGCUACGACUGGCAGGGACGCACAUUGGAGGUUCGGGAAGACCGGUUCGCCGGUUCCGGCCCCGGCUUUGGCGGCCGUGGCGGGUUUGGUGGUCGUGGUGGUUUUGGAGGCGGCUUCCCCGCUCGCGGUGGCUUUGCUGGCCGUGGUGGAUUUGGCGGCGGCUUCCGAGGUGGCUAUGGUGCGCCUGGGGGCUUCGGAGCUCCUCAGACUUUCGAGCCCGCGCCCUCGGUGCCUCCAAACCCGUUCACCGACUAUGCAACCUCUGGAGGCGAGAAGAGCCCUGUGAUCUACGUGCGCAAUUUGCCAUGGUCUACUUGCAACGAUGAUCUGGUGGAUCUCUUCUCGACCAUCGGAAAAGUUGAGCGCGCUGAGAUUCAGUACGAGCCCAACGGCCGCUCUCGGGGAACCGGUGUGGUUCAGUUCGAUAAUGAGGAGACAGCGGAGACUGCUAUUGCCAAAUUCACCGGUUAUCAAUACGGUGGUCGUCCUCUCGGCAUCACGUUUGUUAAAUACAUGAACCUUGGACCGGGUCCAGGUGAUGCUUUGGAGGGCACCGAGCCGGCUCCUGGAAUCACUCAGGACCAGAUCAUGUAA